AUGGCGAAAUUUCAGCAAUUUAUACGUCGUUAUGAAAUCAAUACUACUUUUGCUUCAAAGUUACGUGGCUUAGAUGGUUAUGAAAUUGUUUUUAUUUGUGAUGAUUCAGGUUCAAUGAAUAAAUAUCUUAGUGAUGUUUCUGGACCAUAUAAAAAGGCACCAACUCGCUGGGAUGAAAUGAAACAAACAGUAUCAAUCGUUGUCGAUCUAGCUAGUACACUUGAUCCAGAUGGUGUAGAUGUAUAUUUUCUUAAUCGUGAACCGAUGUAUAAUGCAUGUUAUGCAUAUUUAUUCAAUAAAAUAUUCAUUGUUGAGAUGAUUUUAGGUCCAACACCAAUUGUCAAAAUUCUGCGAAAAAUUCUUAAAGAUAAAAGAAAUCAGAUUCGAGAACGGAAAUUACUUAUUCUUUUAGCUACUGAUGGAGAACCAACAGAUGAUAUGGGUAAACCAAGAAUAGAUGAAUUACGACAAUGUUUGCUACGUGAACGAAUACCUACAGAUCGAAUUCCAGUUACAAUUAUUGCUUGUACAGAUGAUAAAAAUUCAAUGUCAUAUUUAAAUGACUGGGAUAAAGUAAUUCCAAAUCUUGAUGUUGUUGAUGAUUAUCGAAGUGAAAAAGAAGAAAUUCUUGCAUGUCAAGGAAAAUCUUUUCCAUUUAGUUAUGGUGAUUAUGUUGUGAAAAUUCUUAUGGGUGGUAU